AUGCAGAGCUAUCAUUCGCACCGAAGAGGCUUAAGUCUGGACGACGGGCUCUUGGGACGGCGUCACCAUGCGCUUCCACAUCCUCCUCCUUCCUUUCUUAAGAGCCCAAGUCUGCCUCAGUUCCCGGAUAUUGUUCCUCAGCAGUAUGAGAGCCCGACGGUCCAACGACCAAGCACUCCCAAAAAGCAAACUGGUUCCGAAUCACUUCCCCUAACACCAGCAACAACACCAUUCCGGCGACCGAAUGACUUUUUCCAGAAUUCCGCGAGUGUUCAGCUCUCGCCAACAAGGCAACACGCAGAGAAAUUUGUCGCAAAUAGAGGCAGUUCCACAUCAUUGCAACGGGCAAAAACGGUCCAAGGGAUUGUUCGGAGCAACUUCUUUCAACAGAAAAGCCAUGUUCUCUCUCCAUCAAACACCACACUAUUCGACCCCUUGGAUACCUUCACCACCCAGUUACCUGACCUUGGAGACGAUGUAUUUCCUAAUUUCACCUUCCAUCAUGCAGAAGAUUUAAAAAAUAUCUCGGUUUCAUUGGACCCGCCAUCUUCUCCUGUUCACUCCGUUUUGAGUUCCACGUGCCAGACUACGGAUACUCCGUGCUCAGGAGUUCGCCCUGACUCUUCUCGUCCCAAAGUGCCGAUUAUGCCUGCUGUACCCCUCAUCCCUACAUAUCCUCAAACGGCUAACUCAAGUCCUUGUUCACCGCUGCUGAAGGCGCCUUUAUCGCCCCGCCCGGUGUCAAUUGCUGACUUGAACCUGGGCUCCAACGCCCACGCCUCCAUUGAAGAGACAGGCAUUACAAUUGACGACAUUGCUGCAUUUAUCGAGGGACCUGAUGGGGUCGACAAAAAAUGGGUAUGUACGUACCGGGGAUGCAACAAAAGGUUUGGAAGGAAGGAAAAUAUCAAAUCCCACGUCCAGACGCAUCUUGGAGACAGACAAUAUAGAUGCAACCACUGCAACAAAUGUUUCGUUCGUGGCCACGAUCUCAAGCGCCAUGCUAAAAUCCAUACAGGAGUUAAACCCUACCCAUGCGAAUGUGGCAACAGUUUUGCACGACAGGAUGCCUUGACGAGGCACAAACAGCGAGGAAUGUGCAGUGGUGCUUUUAAGGGAGCUGUACGAAAAGUAGUCAAACGAGGUAGGCCACGAAAGAACAGGCCAGAGCAGGCCGAACGGCACAAUAAAGCCAUCAGAGCGCGCAUUGGGGCGAGUGGAAAAUCUUAUGCGAGUUCAAUUUCGGAAUCAUCAUGUACUACACUCGCCUCUCCCCCGAGCGAAAGCAAUGAGGCCGAAAGCGUACUAGAUUCGAGUCGUAGUGAGGACUUUCCAUAUCUGCACAGUGAUGGAUUCGGUUUACCUCCCGAUGUCUUUACCUUCACGCCUCCUGCCUCACCAGGUUUCAGCACUGGAAAUCUACCUUCACCGGCGCGAAGCUUCCGUUCAAUGACACCCACCUGGGAGAGAAACUUUCUCUCUCUCUCUCCGACAAAAAGACCUCUUGAUGAUAUCCCCGAAGAAAUCCCAGCUAUCUCGCUUCUUGCCCCAGAUUCCCCGACCCCGGUCAAAAAGGGACGGCCAGAAUCUUCCUUGCAAUUGUGGCUGCAUUCGUCUACGGAAUCAGCAUUCGCUGCUGAAAAUGCGCCGGACUUCGAUGUUUUCGCCAGCCAAAGUCAACAUUCGAACGUGACUUCCAUCUCCGCCACUCUUGACCAGAGCCAACUUGCUUCUCUCCAGCUUCCAUCAACGGUCGGGAUCCUGCCAACAGAAGCCAGUGACUCACUAUCAUCAGAUUAUGAACCCUUCCUAACAAGCUCUUCCUCUCAACACGAUAACACCAGCGAACUCAAUCUCAGUUCGCAUUUCCUUUCUGGGCCUUUCUCUCAGUACUCUGAGGAUUUUUUGAACAGUUUUGGUGGUGAAAUCGAUAAUGAAAUGUAA